AAGACUACAUCUUACUGACUACACUUUAUUUCUCUUUGUUUCUCGUUGCAAGAACUACAGGUCGCGGUCCAUUUGACUAGAAAUUGUGUUGUCUAGCUUAGCAGUCCAUUUUGAAUAAUAUUAAUAGCUAGUUAUGAAGAGUAUCUGUGCAGUAUUGUGUCCGUGACUGUGGGUGGAGAAUAAUAUUUUGAGUAAGUAGUUGUCGUUGUGAAGAUGGAUCCCAAUCAGUUUGCGGAGGCUGCCAGAGCGCAGCAGAUGAUGAUGCAGCAAUGGCAGCAAGAAUGGGCCGGCAUGAUGCAAAUGAAUCCUGACAUGGCUACGCACAUGCAGGGGAUGAUGCAAAAUAUGAUGAGCAUGGGCACUGCAACAGGUAACAUGAUGGCCAGCCAUAGUGCUGCGAAUAGUGCUGCAGUCAUGAACACUGGCGCUCUAAAUACUGUUCCAAGCACAUCAUCUGCGAACAAUCGGUCACUGCCAACUGGUUCGAAUCGUAACAUGACUGGUGGAGGGGCGGUUGCGAGCUCGAGCUCGACAACCGGUCAAUAUUCAUCGCCGUAUGGAGGAAAAGAGUCUGGCGGAAAAAGUGGCCAUGCAUCAGCUGGACGCCGUGAUCAGACCGUCCCGGUAAGCUUUUUUUAACGAUAGUUAAGACAAUACUACAUUCAAAGCAAUUUCAAUUCUUCGAUGUUCCUCUGAAAGCAGAGGUCCAGCGCAAGAAAUCACCCAUUAAUCAAGUUCUUUGAACGCGAUGCGCAUCGCUUGAACUCAUACGACACUAGCAUUUCUCUGCCUCGUCAUCUUAAAGACAGCUAUCUCGCUUGAGAUGACAGGGUAAAAAUACAUCCACACUUACAAAGUCGAUUGAUCCUUGUUAUUUCGUAGCAUAGGUAUGCAGACUGACCUAGUAAACACUUUUCGUACAUUUUUCAGGAUGAACUGCCUGCGACACUACGGAAGUUUUUUUUGGGUGGAUUGUGCUUCCAAACAACUAGUGCUGAUGUCAAAAGGUAAGUAUUCUUCACUAGCUCCAAAAGACUGUGCUACAGUAUUGUCAGAUCAUCCUCAAUUUUGCGAUUUACCCGAAAGCUCGACGUUUAUUUUCUUGAUUUUUUUUUGAGCGUGGAUUAAAUCAUAGCGAUAAACACCACUGACGGCAUCAUGGGAGAGUAGUCAGUGUCCCGAUCAAAUCGACCUCAUAAAUACAGGCACUUCCAGAGCUGGGGAGAAGUAAAAGAGGGCACCGUAAUGUUCGAUGCGGCAGGAAAUUCGAGACAUUUCGGCUUCGUGAACUUCAAACGGCAUGAAGACGCUUGCAGAGCGUACGCAGCGCGGCCGCACACCAUCCAGGGUCGGACAAUCGAUGUAAAACCCUGUUUUCGAAAGGCGCAUGAGGUCGACAGCGAAGACGAUGCCGGUGGCAGGCGACGGCGAGGCGGUGGGCGACACCGCGCGCGGUCUACCUCACGGAGUCGGAGUCGCAGCCGCUCAGCUGACCGUUUAUUUGAGGAGCGGAGGCGCGCGAUGCAGGCACGGGACGGCGGAGGUCAGGGAAGUAGGGCCAACGGUGGUUCCAGAAGUAGAUCAUCCUCGCGUAGCCGACGAAGUCGAAGCUCGCGAAGUCGAAGUUCGCGUAGUCGUAGCUCACGCAGUCGGUCAGGCUCUUCAAGAAGGAGAGACCGACCUGAUGAUAUGCGUGUGCAACUGCGGAAAAAGCAUGCUGAGAAAGUAGAGGCUUUGAACAAUCUGCCAGUCCUCUGUACGUUUCAGGAGCCGAUGCGGGAUGAAGAAGAUGAAGACGACAUUGAUGGCACGGACAUUUCAGAUGGACUCCAUCAAGGCCUUGACAACGAAGCAAGUCUUUCUAGUGUAGUGAAGGAGGAAGAACCGCCUACAGCGCUCUCUACCUGGAGAGAGAUGGUCGAUGCUGGCAUUCUACCUGCGAAAAUGGAAACUGCGUUGACGCGGCAAGGUCUUCGAGCACCCAGCCUCGUUCAGAAGUUCUGCUUGCCCAUCCUGGCGGCGGGACAUGAUCUCAUUUGCAGUGCGCAAACCGGCUCCGGCAAGACGUUUGCGUUUCUGAUUCCCGUCGUAUCAAAACUUUUGGAUCUGCAGAGCCGAGACGCAUUGCCCCACCGGAUCUGGUUCGACAACUUGCAACAAGCGAGUCCGCUAGUUCUGAUCCUUUCGCCAACACGAGAACUUGCUGUGCAGACGCACAAAGAAAUCAAGUCCAUCCUUCCUCUUGCAGCGGCUUCGGAAACCUCCACCAGGCGGAGCAAUCACGGCCACCGAGGUGCACAAGUAAAAGACGACAAGAAUCGCGAAUUACAUGCAGUUGUAUGCUACGGCGGAGAGCGAUCGAAAGUACAGCUUGACGAAAUUUACAAGCAGGUACUUGUACAGUUUUUUUCUGCGAGAAACGCUUAGCGUUCACUACUUUGAGCUUCAUCGAACUCAAGUUCCCGUCCGUGAGCAUAGCUGACUGAUCUUUUUGUUCCACCAGUUGUGGCUACAACUUAAUCCGUAUUUUAUAGACAAGAUGAUGAAGACAGGUCUCCAACAAUCUUGCUUCGUCUUUGUUCCGAAUAACCUUUGUGACGACAGUAAAGCUCUUAUGUCGUCGCAGUAAACUCGGAACUAGAACAAAAUUUGACUUGCAUUCACGGGCCGUAGGAGAAAAGCUAAUACUCCUAAUGCGGUACUCACGCUUGUCAGACACUACACACGAUGAGGGCUUCAAUCGUUCAAAACUGAAUUAUGAAACGAGUUUUUUCAUCGUUCCUCCACCGAUCUCGAUCCAUGAAGAAUCUCGUGUGCCCCUCUCCGGUGGCUUGCACAUGAUUUUCUUUAUUCACGAUACCCGUCUAUUGCGUUCCCUUCUUUUGUAAGUUAUUCAUCUCUGCGCAUGACCUCAGCCUCUGGCUUGUGCAGUUGUGAUGGGAACUAGAGUAAUGAAAUGCGCAGGAGCUCACUCCCGCGUCGGGUGGAUCCAGGGUUGGCGGGAGUUUAGCUCCAGUCUCGCUGGCAGUCAACAGGCACCCCACAAUCACUCACUUUGGAACGACGUUGUGAAUAUACCGAGAAUCAAAAUUUUUGAGAGUUCUCAACUGUGACCAUGAAUUAUCAGGUCGACAUUCUGAGCGGCACGCCUGGCCGUAUUCUGGAUUUUAUCGACUGCGGGCGGAUAUCGUUGAAUUUCGUGGACCGUUUAGUGCUUGAUGAAGCCGACAUGAUGUUAGACCUGGGUCUCCAGAGCAUGGUGCAGGAUAUCGUGCUAAAACGCGAUUGUCAAAGCCCGGCCCAUCGCCAGACGCUUCUCUUUUCCGCCACUUUUCCACCAGGCAUCCGCGAGAUGUGCCGACAGUACCUGAAUCCGCGGAAGAAGCAUGUUUUUUUGCGGAUUGGCACCUACGACCAUGGUACAGGAGGUUCUUGCGCCCAUAUUGAGCAGCAAGUGAAACUCGCAUCAUCUGACGAAGAAAAAUUCUCUAUGCUUGAGCAGGAUUUGCGCACUUAUGUCCGUCACAACGGUCACGGGGCUCAGGGAGUGCAGCCACGGGUUCCGCAGCCUGGUGUGGAGAUAACGAGCGGAAGUCUACCAGGCGCGUCUGGAAAUCCUUUCAUCCUAGCCUCUGGUGCGGGAACGGUAAGCGAUCCUGGGAACACAGUAGAGGGGAGUGCUGGAAGCGCAGUCCACAUAGAACGGGCCAUAGUGUUUUCGAACCGACGAGUGGAGGCGACGCGACUUGCCCAUUCGCUCAGUGAGAGAGGCUUCAGGGUAUACGGCAUUUACCCGCAGGCUGUUGUAGUAGCCUAAUCGGCACAUCAUCUCGAUCAAUAGCCAAUUCAAAUACUUUUAUUUGUAGCCAUCUGGUAGCAGUCAAGCUCACGUUGUGCGCGGCCUAAGGAGGAUGACUGAACUUUCUUCUUCGUCCUCCUCUCUGAGAUGAGAGUGAAGGAUUCCUGCAAACAUUUUCUUCGAAAUUUCGUUCGUCUGAUGCGAUAUCGUGUGUGCGUGGUUUGCUGCUUCGAACAAGUAGUAACUCCAAAGCGCUUAACUGUCUUCAUUAAGAACACUAAGAUCCUUCUCAAAUCUACUUCGAAAAAUUUGUAAACUAGGUGGCGCAUAUACACUCGAAGCUGGACCAGGCAUCGCGAGAGGCGGCCGUCGACUCUUUCGCGCGCGGGGAGUGCAACGUGCUUGUGGCGACGAACAUCGCCUCUCGUGGUUUGGAUUUCGACGUAAAGGCAGUGUUUCAGAUCGAUCUACCGAAUGACAUAACGAGUUAUACGCAUCGCAUUGGUCGGACCGGCAGACUCGGUGAGCGGGGUGGGGUCGCAAUCAGCUACGUGAAUCGGCGAGACCAAAAACUCUUCCGACCUCUACGCGAUUUCCUUCGCCUCAAUGGGCAGCAGGUGCCGCAGUUCCUUGAGCGCUGGACCCGGUGAGUCUCUGAUGUUGAACCGUUGUCGUGAUGAUAAAGAACCCUGCAGAAGUCAUGAACAACACUCGCCAUAAUUAUCCUAAUGAAGAAGCCAAGACGCUUCUCCUCAUCGCUGCCGUGACUUGGAAUUUUCCUUUCCCUAUGAUUUUUUGCUUCCCAACAGCAGAUAUGCCAGCGUCUCUGGAUGCUGAUGAAUCUAACAUCAACACGCACACCGUGGUCCGUGACUACUUUUCUGGUCGUCUUGUGAAUCCCGCACGACAGCCGGUUUUAGAUUUGCGUCUGUAGGUAGAAGACUACUGUUUCUGACCGCGUGAGAGUAACUGUUCUAAGUUAGAAGGAUAUGUUGAAAAGAAACCUGAAAAAUUUAAAG